AAAUGAUUUCACAAAAGCUUGAUAGUCGAUUACGAGAUCAUGCAUUAAAUUCACGAAACAAUCUAUUUUCGGAAAGCUCAACAUCCCUAAAUUUUCAAAGGCCUGUACUGAUAAUUCUUGAUAGAAAUAUUGAUCUUGUUCCAAUGUUGAGCCAUUCUUGGACCUAUCAAGCAUUGAUUCAUGAUGUCUUGGACAUGCAUUUGAAUAGAAUUACCAUUGAAACAGAUGAAAUGGGACGAAAUAUAAAUAGAAGUUACGAUUUGAAUAGCGAAGAUUUCUUCUGGGCAAAGAAUGCAUCAAGUCCAUUUCCACAAGUGGCUGAAGAUAUUGACGUGGAACUCAAUCGUUAUAAGAAUGAUGCUGCUGAAAUUACUAAACUUAGUGGAGUAAACUCAUUGGAUGAUAUGGAUCAAGUUAAUUUUUCUCAAAAUACUCAACAUUUAAAGUCAGCCAUCACAGCUUUACCAGAGCUUACAGCACGAAAACAAACAUUGGAUAUGCAUAUGAAUAUCGCAACAUCUUUAUUAAAAGGGAUUAAAGAACGUCAACUUGAUACGUUCUUUCAAAUGGAAGAGUCUAUAACUAGACAAAAUAAAUUAGCGGUGUUGGAAGCUAUUAGAGAUCCCGAGAAGAAGUCUCCAGAUGACAAACUAAGAUUUUUUAUAAUUUAUUAUUUAUCGGUUGAAGAAGUUCCUAAGGAUGAUAUGGCUGAAUAUGAGGAUGCAUUGAGUUCUGCCGGUUGUAACUUAGAUGCAUUGAAUUAUGUUAAAAAAGUACGUGAAAUCACUAGGAUGACAAUGAUGACAACUAUGACUCCUCAAAGCUCUGGUUUUGGACAAUCUAGUCAACUUUUCCAAGGAUUUAGUUCUAUAGGAAAUAAGCUUUCGGAUCGAUUGAAAGAAGGAGGAUUUGACAAUUUAUUAUCAGGUGUCAAAAAUUUCUUACCUACUCGUAAAGAUUUAACUCUUACGAAAAUUGUAGAAUCUAUUAUGGAACCGUCUGCAAUUGGAGCAAAUGAGACGGAAGAUUAUUUAUAUUUCGACCCAAAGAUGGCAAGAAGCUCUAGCGUAAAUAAACAAAAUAGAAAUAGACAUUCUUUCCAGGAAGGAAUGGUGUUUGUAGUUGGUGGUGGGAACUACAUUGAAUAUCAAAAUUUACAGGAAUAUGCACAGCGACAGGCUAUCAAGAAAAAAAUUAUUUAUGGUUCUACGCAACUUUUGAAUCCUCAUGCAUUUUUACAAGAACUUUCUAAACUUACUUAA